AUGGCCACCUUUGCGCAAUACCCCUCUCAUAGCAUGGCCUCGAACGACUUCACUCUGUACCCAUACCAAGACGUGUGGCAUCAAGAGCAGCCUUACCUCCCCCCAACAUCAUACGCCGAGCAGCCAUACGCGAACGCGACGACAUUCGACUCCUACAGCACCCAGUCCGCCUUUGCGCAGCCGGAUCAAUACGUUUUUGAUGAACAGUUGGUGAAGCACAGCAUCAACUACUCGCCCGCGCAGUCCGCAUCCCACUCUUUCGACCCUCACAACCCACCCGCCCUGUCAUCCACUUCCGACUCGGGCGCGUCGAUUCAGAGCACCAUCUCGUCCACAAUGGGCUCGCCGUCCAGCUACCCGCAACACACCAACGACUGGAAUCACGGCCAUCACAUGCUCCCGGAAGUCGUGUCAUCCGAGCCCAUGGCGCACCACGUCUAUUCGACGUCCAACUUCAGCCUGGACUCCAUACCGGUCAUGGACAAAUCGUGUGUGGGUGAGUUGGCCACCUUUUCCAUUACUUCUCAGCCGCGCCAAAACAUGCCGUCGACACAAACUUUCUUUUCCCCACCAUACCAGCCCGUUCGUGCACAUCGUUGGGCGCGCAACUUCCCUGCCAUUUCUCCGAGCUCCCGGAACGCUCGCGCCAGUCGGAGUGACAGCGGGUUCAUGUCUGCUUUGACCAGCUGGCCUGGCCUCGAGCGGGCCAUGGAGAGUCGCAAGGCUACUCCGCCACUUGCUCAGGCAUUGCCUUGCGACGAGAGCAACGUGCCCGCUGGCCCGCCUGCGUUUCCGGCAACGCCGAUGACUCCAUUCUUUUCUCACUCCAGUGAUCAUUUCGUAUCUUCUUUCGAUUACUCUUAUCCCGCCCUCAUCCAACCGACUUUCUCGCCAUCACAACUCUCCGGCACUCUCUUUCCCGAUGUCCCCGCCGUGCACUCGCCGCAGUAUACUGCCUUUGCUCCUCAAGCACCAUCUUCGGCGCCUAGUCCGCAACUGACGAUCGGCAAGGCAAGCAGGACGGCGUCGCCAUAUAUGUACGCACCGUCCGUCCAGCCGUACCUCCCGCAUCAUGGCUCGCGGAGACACUCCAUCUCCUCGCAGCAUUCGCGGCACAGUCAAGGCUCCAUCUCGUCCGAAGACACGAACAACAAAGGCCUCUGUCCCAUUCCGACAUGCGGGAGGCACGUCAAGGAUCUCAAGGCCCACAUGUUGACGCACCAGAAUGAGCGCCCCGAGAAGUGCCCCAUUCCCACGUGCGCGUAUCAUGUCAAGGGCUUUGCCCGCAAGUACGACAAGAAUCGCCACACUUUGACGCACUACAAAGGCACCAUGGUCUGCGGCUUCUGUCCCGGCAGCGGGAGCGCGGCGGAGAAGAGCUUCAACCGCGCCGACGUCUUCAAGCGACACUUGACCUCGGUGCACAAUGUGGAGCAGACCCCGCCCAAUUCCCGUCGCAAGAGUCCGGCGAGCCUCGCCAGCAGUCAGCACGGCAUGUCGCGCGAGACAUCGGGCACGUGUUCGACAUGUGGGGUUACGUUUGCGAACGCGCAGGACUUUUACGAGCACUUGGACGACUGCGUUCUGCGCGUGGUCCAGCGCACCGAUCCCGGCGAAGCCAUCAAUGAACAGCUCCUCCAGUCCGUCGCGGAUGAUGAGGAUGUGAAGGAAACGAUGGGAAAGCACAUGCUUUCCACCGGCCUCGACUACAACGCUUCUACUGCCUCCAUUGGCGAAGAAGAUGAUGAAGAUGUCGUAGAUGAGGACGACGCGGAGGACGACGACGACAAUGACUCGCCAAGCGGCACGCACGGCAGCCACUCGAGCAAGUCCGGCAAGGGAGCCAUCAAGUCACGCAAGAACGCCGAUGGCAAUCCGAGUGUCUCUGGACAGCACGUCGGGGGUGGCAACCACAUUUCAAGCGGUGGCGCCGUCAGCAAGCCGCGAAAGGGCCUGACGUAUUCCAAAAACGGCGUUCCCCUCACCGGCCCCGUGAGCGGCAAGGGCUCGAAACGCAAAAAGAACUACCCCAUCUCCUGGGGCGCGCCUCCCGAAAAGAUGAAGAUGAAGAAGCGUGUGCUGUGUGUGUAUGACGGACAGCGCCGCUUGUGGAAAGACGACAUGAUGCUGGACGGCGAACACGAAGUCCGCAUCCCGCUUGACCUCGAGGGUCGCACGUGGACGACGGACCUCGACCGCCAGACGCUAUUGCGGGCCGAGGGCGUGCUGGGCGCGACGGAAGAGGAGAAGGGCCCGUGGAUUGACGAUGAUGCCGAGCUCGACCGCUUGAUGGCGUGA